AUGAAGCCUAUUAGUAAUGAAAAUCAGUUAUGUUACAACCGACCUGCUUCGAAAUGUGAAAUAAUUUCUAUGGAUUCAAAGCGGAUAAAGUGUAAAACAGGAUCAUUAGUUAAAACGCAUUAUGUUACCGACUGUGGUGUAAGCCAAGAACGAGGCGUAGGAUAUGAAUGGGAACCAAAAACUUUAACUAUAAUUCAAGGAGAUAGCGUAGCAUGGAUAUGGAAUACAACAACUCGAACAAAUCCGCUUAUGGUAGCGGAGUUAACUGGUCCUGAAGAUCUUACUCCUUCUGUGUUCGGAUUUCAUAGCGGUGAACCAAAAUUGAAUGGAGUGUAUAGAUACAAUUUUACUGAACCCGGGACUUAUUACUAUGCAUCAUCAGAGGACUUCGUAAUGAUGGGCAUUGUAGAGGUCAUACCAUUCGAUGACUGUGUAACUGAAGUUGUCGUACAGACAGAUUAUUCAACAGCUAUACACAAAAAUGUUCCAGAAAUUACCGUAAGCUGGGAUCCUCUAACAACGUGUUCAGGUGGAAUCAGCUGCAGUAGUUUAGUGAGACCCAAGGAGUUGUCAGGAAUACACGGUUUUGUGUAUAGAGGAUGUGCAACUCCUCGAGUGUCAUCUUUCACUCCUUCCAAUAUAUAUGCUGAAAGUGAAGUGGAGAUAAUUUCAAGUAUACUAGCAGACUGUGCACACCAAGUAACGAUUACUUUGGGUGGAGCAUACUGUAUAUCACCUUUUCAUGAUGUCAGUGUAGCAGGAUCUCUUAAAUGCACAUUGACAGAAGAACAGGCUGUAUUGGCCAAUUUGAUAACUGGACAGCCAUUGAGGCCAUCUAUUUUCCACAAAGAUGUUGGGAUGGCUCUUCUUACAGUAUCUCGCAAUGAAUUCGAACAGUAUGCGUUUUUUUGGCCUAGAGUUAAUUGUAUCAAAACCAAAGGAGUAGGAAGUAUUCUAGGUGGUGGGCAGUUUAUUGUUUACGGUUCAGGCUUUGAUCCUACGAAUAUUGAUUUGAAUUCGGUAACCUUUAACUCCGGUCAAAAGUGUUCAGUUAUUGAAGUUACUUCAGGUUAUCUUAAAUGUUUGGUUCCAACACCAAGUAAUACAACAAUUACAUCAAGUUAUAAUGUGACAGUUCAGGUGCAAACCAAGCCAAAAGGUCAAGACCAAUGGGUGAAUUUUGAGCCUAGUAGUGCAGGUGAUUGCAUAUAUUCCUACGCUUUAGCAGCUACACCGAUAGUACAAACGAUUGAACCUCGUGAAGUAAAUAUUAAUCAAACUCUUAAAAUUGGUGGAAGCAAUCUGUUUCUUCCAGGAGAAAUCUCUUCUUCUAUACAAGUUUACGUCGGCAAAAUUCCAUGUAUAGUUGAUCCAUUAUCAAGUUCCACAGAUCUGUUGUUGUGCCAGAUAACUGGAUCUUUACCAGCUGGAUAUGUAAAUCUUAAGUUAUUCCAUGAAAUUCGAGGCAAUGCAAUGUACAAAACAAGUUUAACGCUAAAAAGUCAAACGUCUAUAUUUUCAAUAGACCCGAACGAGGGGAGUUUUGCUGGAGGCACAGUUGUGAGAAUAACUGGAAACGGUUUAGAUGAUCCAAGUAUUCGAAUUUAUUUUGGUUCAGAGGCAUGCCAGAUAAAAAGUGAAAAUCGAUCUACGUAUCAGGUAGCGGUGAACACUACCAGUGGAUCUUCUUUUCCCGAUGGAUUUACUUACACAAAUACGAAAACUCCUACGAUCUCCUCUGUUACAACUGAUUCAACAACAAUUAAUGGGACACUGGUCAACCAACUAAACAUAUAUGGUAGUAAGUUGCUGGGUGACUCAUCAAAAAAUAAGACCACUGAAGUUAAAUAUAAUGAAAUGAUAUGUGUCCUGAUGAACAUUGACGAAUAUUACAUUCAGUGUUAUCUGCCUAAUUUACCAAGUGGGCAAUAUCAACUUCAUGUGGAUACACCAGGAUAUGGUUACGCACUUUCAGAUUUUACGACAACUGUGAAUUUCUCGUUGAAUUCAGUAAAUCCUUCUUCAGGUCAGUUUAAAGAUUUUACUGGUGUGAAAGCAUUGAUAUCCUCAGUUAUGAAUCAAAUCCCUCAGAGAAAACAGUAUAUAUUGUAUGAGAAAGAAUCAAGCUUUGUUAUCUAG